GUUCAAAGAUUCCAGACGGAUUCCGCCUACUGUACAUUAUCAUCGAUGCACUUAUUAUAAAUAAAAAAUAAACUUUCUCUGCAGGAUUUAUUAAUACUUUUUUUACAUUAGUAGGGGGGACUAGUCCACGUUGCAGAUUUAUAUUGUGUAUGUUAAAUAAAUCGUUUUGCUCAGUUUGUGUGCCGCUUUUGUCUCAUGCGUGGUCGGUUUCCUUUCCCUUACGGUUUUUUCAUCGACAAAGAAAAUGAGAGUGUUGACUACAAUGCUAUUUAUUUUACGAAAUGGAAAUUCGUCACGAAAAUUGGCGUCUAAAUUACCAAAAUAUGGUUUAAUGGCUUGUAUUGUUCGGUCCCAAAAUUUUUCUUCGGUGGAAAUAACGAAAAGUUUGGAAUUAAUUAGCAAUGAUAACCCUAAGGAUAUUAAAAUAUCGGAUAUGAAAAUAGCGAAGCCACAAGAAAGACCCAUGGUCGUUCUGCUGUCAUGGUUGAUGGCGAAGAGGAAACAUAUCGGGAAAUACGCAAAACUGUAUUUGGAUCAGAAUUGCGACGUUUUGAACGUUAAUAUUAAUCCAUGGCAACUUUUAUGGCCAGUAAAAGGAACUCAGGUUGUUGCUGCCGAUAUUUUGGCAUUUUUGGACAAAAACCCAAGCUAUGCACCUUUAAUGCUUCAUGGGUUUUCAGUAGGGGGUUACUUAUGGGGAGAAGUGCUGGUACUGAUUGCUAGAGAACCAGAAAGGUACCAACAUGUUCUCGACCGAAUUAUCGGACAAGUAUGGGAUAGUGCAGCCGAUGUAACCGAAAUUCAUAUCGGAUUACCGAUUGCAGUAUUCCCGAGGAACCCAGUCAUGCAAUCAGCUUUAAGGAAGUACAUGCUUUACCAUUUGAAAAAAUUCCACAAAGUGGCUACGGUUCACUACAUAAGGUCCAGCCAAAUGUUUCAUACGAAUUUAGUCAGAUCUCCAGCACUGUUUCUUCUCAGUAAAAGUGACCCCGUUGGCGCUGUCGAUUCCAACCAAAGGGUCAGAGAUAGUUGGGAAAAUAUGGGCACCAAGGUUUAUUGGAAGUGCUGGGAAAAGUCCCCUCACGUGGGACACUUGCAAAACCACCCGAUAGAAUACAAAAAGGAACUUGCAACGUUUCUGAAUGUUAUUAGUUUUCCAUCAUCUUCUGCAGUGCAAAAGAAAAUGGAAGCCAAAGCCUAAUAAGGUCUACAGGGUGUGGUUUUCUAUAGUUUUUAUGCAUUUGAUUGUGCCUGAUUUAUAUUUCUUUCUAAAUUAGAAAAAUUGUUUUCUUUUUGUGAAAAAUACCCGACAAAAUUUAAUUUUGUUUUUAUUUGUGUGAAUCACGUGAAAGUCCAGUGACGAGAAGCCGUUGCCAAAAUAGCUUUUAAUACUUAAUACUUUGUAAAACUUAAUCGUCUUGUUGAAACAUUAAAUGUAUUAUUAUUAAAAGAGAAGGUAUUGUUUUAAAAACAAUUGGAAAGCGUUUUACAUCAAUUUUAUAAUAACUUAGAUUAGAGAUAGAUUGGUUCAGUGAUAGUUGAUUGGCUGUGUAGUUUAAAUUGUAAUUCAAUUGUUCAAUUUAUUCCAAUUAAAUAUUAACUGUGCUGCACUUUGUAUUACACGAAUUAAAAUUGGAUGAUUCGCCUAUUAUUUAUCGUUAGAUUAUUACUUAUUUACAAUCAAUAUCUUUGAAAAUUA